AUGCUGUCAAAGAUUGACCAAGAAAAUUUGGAGAAAAAAAUUGAAAUAUGGAAAAAGGACAGCCCUGAUGACUCCAUAUUCUUUCGACCUUGUUUAGUAUCUCCAUACGAUAAAACAUCUGAAGAUGAAAAAGACGACAUCACAGCAAACGUUUCUGAAAAGCUACUUUUUGCCUACCAGACAACGUGGCAAAAGAGACUCAUGACACGGUAUGGAAAUGAGAUGACAUUACUAGAUGCAACAUAUAAGACGACAAGAUAUAUAAUUUACCUUUAUUUUUUUCUGGUGGUAAAAACUAAUGUGUCAAUUAUGCAGUUGUUGGGGUUUUUGUGAUUCAAAAUGAAACUACUGUUGACAUAACCGAAGCACUGCAAAUUUUCCUCAGUGGAAUCCUUUGUGGAAGCCAUAAUUUUUUAUGACAGAUUUUUGUCAACAGGAAAUUACAGCAAUAGAGACAGUCUUUCAAAGUAAAACAUACUGCAGCUUGUUGCAAAACUAGUAAUAAAUUUUUUGAUUAUAUACAUACAGUAAUAUUCACACUCGCCAAGUGCCAAAACUCAUCUACGACGCAUAGCGUAAUUGAGACAAUGUUCCUCACAUGUGAAAAAAAUCGUCCGACCAAUCAAAGAUCGCGGACGAUUUUUCUCACAUGUGAAAAAAAAGUAUCGAAUUUUCCCGCCAUUUACCGCCCAACGCUUCGCUCAGUCAAUCGCUUCGAAAUAUUAUAAAUGGCUUCCCGUUUUGCAGACCUUGACAUUUCUGUCGACCAAUUCAUCAAACAACAAGAAAAUGAAAACACAAAGAGAAAAACUGAACAAAAUCUAUCAUUAUUAAAUUAGUUUCUUAGUAGCAAGAAUGAAACUAGAAGCAUUGAGGACAUUCCUUCUGCGGAAUUAAACCUUUACCUGAGCGAGUUUAUUAUUAAGGUUCGUACAAAACAAAAUAAGGAUUACGAACCAAAUUCCCUGCGCGGUAUGGUAGCCAGCUUCGAAAGACAUUUAAAAAAGACAAACUAUGGUUUAAGUAUGAAAGAUCUACAGUUUGAACAGACUCGAAAAGCUUUGGUUUCAAAGCAAAAGGAUUUAAAACGACAGGGAAAGGAAAUAAACCGAAUGCUUCGUCUGCUCUCAGCGAAGACGACAUAGCUGUUUUGUAUGAAAAAGAGUUGCUGGGCACAUCCAGUCCCGAUGCUUUACUGAACACUCUUUGGUUCAACAAUACAAUACACUUUGGAUUACAUGGCUGUAAAGAGCGUCGCGAUAUGACUUGGGGCGACGUGAAAUUACAUAAAACACUCUGUGGCGAGGAAUAUUUGGAAUACACGCUUGGGGGAAAACACCAGAGAUGUGCGAAAAGUAACUCCAAAAAUCCUAUUUCUGCAUAUAGACUUUUUGCAGAAAAACGUCUGGCAGAAAUGAACAGCGACGAUAGCCCAUUUUAUCUUGCUGUAAACAAUUUAAAGAAACCUGAAUCCAUUUCAUGUAAAGCUUGGUUCAAAAAAGCCCCUAGCCGAGGGGAAAUAAACUAAAUUCGAUAAUGAAGAAUAUGGCUGCGAAAGCUGGACUUACUACCAAAUUUACCAACCACAGCGGAAGGAAAACAAUGAUGCAGGCCUUGGUAAACCAAAACUUUCCACCAACAGACAUUAUUCAACUGUCGGGCUACAAGAACCUGCAGAGUGUUACUCAUUAUCACAGGACGAAAAUGCAAAUUUAAUAAGCUUUAAGGAUCACCUAAAGUUUCUUAAAAUUAUAGGAUAAACUUUAAGCUGCUUUUAAGGUGUUCUUAAAUCUAUUAGCAAUUAAAUAUUGGUUUAAUAAUGCUUUAAGCAGCUUUAAUUGUUAAAAUAGUAAUUAAACAUUUCAGGCAAUUUAAAUUGUCAAUGAAAUGUUCAUUAAAUGUGAUUGUUAACAUUUAAGGAUUUAAGGAGUAACCUAAAUCCUAUUAAAGUAUUACGCUAAUGAAAUGUAGGUUUCCGUCGGCGCCGGAAAUCUCCUUAAAUUCAAUAAACAGCUACAUUUGCUUUAAUGCGCUUUAUUUGCGCUUUAAUGGAGCUUUGCGCCUUAGCUUACAAAAGGAGUGCGCGCAUGACAUUAAGUCCAACUGUCCAAGGCUAUUAUACUGGCUGCGGUCAUUCUAAAAGGAUUAAUUGGAAAGAUUAACUUGUACUACCCUCCGAAAAAAACUUUUCUGUAAUAUCUUAAAUCGGAUAUAUUCACGCAAUCGCAUUUGCGUUACGUGGCAACGCAAGAAUAAACCAUGAAUAAACCCAACCGCACUGCUUGAUCAUAUCCUGUUUGUCGUAUAUUCUUGUAUGAGACACAGUUAGACUGUUGCACUAAACCAGUUACGAAGUCAGGGCCAUUCAAAUUAUUAAGUUGGGUUUAUUCUUUGGGCUUUUGCUCACAUUCUGUUAGCCAUUAAUUAUAUGGAUCCAUCCAAAGGCAAAGAUGUUAAAGUGAUGUGUGAUCAUUGUGACGAAUUGGUUUCAAGGUCUACGUACGAAAGACAUAAUAGAAAGAGAAAGGUUGAGCUCUCAACUGCUCAAGCCAAACAUAUAAGUGUGUCUCCUGAAACUGAUUCAGAAAGUGAUAUUGAUGCUUGCAGCGAUCAAAGUAUUGAAAGCACUGGUGAGUUGUUACGCGCAUAUGUAGUUGUAUAGGCCUAUAUAGCCAUUUUUUAAAUUAAAUUGCCAAUCGGAAUUAAUUUAUUAUUGCGACCAGCUAGCGAGCUGGGAACAUCCUAAUCUCAGGUAUGGGAGAUAUUUGCUGGAUUGUGUAUUGGGCAAAAAAUUAUAUGCAGCUCUUUUUUCCUCUGGAUUGUGUUUUCGGCCCCCUUUGCGGGCUCAUUUUAUCCGUAUAUGGAACUCGUGAUCAUAUAUUUGAUAUACCGCAUGGAUUUACCAUCCAUGCAAUAAUUCAAAGAUUAGUCGUAAACGUAUAAAGCGAAAAUUGUUGAUGUUUUAUUAACUAAGCACUUUCACAGUUUAUUGUGAUUUAAAUAGCAGUGUUUGCAGUUAUCAGAUAAAUAUUUUGCUUGCAGAAGUGUGUACAUAGCGUGAAAAAAUAAAAUGGAAAAAUAUAUUUUUCACGAAGUAAUUUUAUGCUUUAAAAUAUUUGCUUUCGUGUGUCGAGAUAUAUAGAAUUAUAAUUAGUAAAUUAGAAUUAUAACGUAAUUAUGUAGUGAGUUACAGGAAUAGGGCUAGCGUCUACUAGAAACCUUCCAUACAAGGCUUAUAAUUAAGACCUCUAGUUUAUAAAUUAUUUAUAAUUAUUUAAACUAACUUCCUGGGGCUCAAAGCUGAAUGGCACUUACUUGGCCAGUUAGGUAAACUUAUGUAUAACACAAAUUCAUUAACUAAUGUGUACGUACACACUGCAAUAUAACCUUUAUUAAGUCAAAAGCAAAAAUAUCUAUUCCAUUUCCUAUGGCACGGAGAAGAUAAAACCAUUACAUUUUUCCUCCUUUACAGAUAUUAAUAAUUCUAUCAAUCCGGAGACUGCUAACAUUGUAAGUAUAAUAAAAUAAAAUAAAAUUAUUUAUUUUAUUGUAAACGAAGAUAUAAGCAACUAUUUCAAGAAUAUGCAUGUGGAGAUCGAUAGAACAACUAAGUUAAUUUACUGUGUAUGUUUUUUUUACUGUACACUAUGCAAUAUGUUUUGUGCGUGCAUGGGACCGUCAGCUCAAAAUUGUACAAACAACACUAUAUUUCCAGUUAAUUUAUUGCAGAGGGAAAAUACAUUUUAUAUUUAAAAAUUCCUUAAAAAAAUAAAAUUACAAUAUGACAAUUGUAAAUGAUUUGUUAAAUGCUGGGUGGCGUAAAGGAAGUGCUUUUCGAGAUGAAUAGAUAUUGAAUUCUAGUUGCGUGCUUGAUAAGAUAUUGUUUUCAAUAGGCCAUUUCAUUUAGGCAGCUCAUUCCUAAACUUUUCAAACAAGCAUAUUCAAACUGAAAUAUUCUCGGUUAAUACCGCACAAAAUACUCAUGGUAUAAUUAAUCACGGAAUUAUAUGCUAUACUUUGUAUUGCUGCAGUUGUGUGUAUCUUGGUACGUUCAUCAGUCUGCUUUGUGAGAAAGGGAAUUUUUUUACGGAAAGCAAUAACCUUUGUUUCCUUUGCAAUACUCACGUAUUCACCAAUUAAUAUAGGUAGAAAAAUGAACGUUUAAAGCAACUAUAUUGAAUAUGCAACCUUUCUCAAACGUUAGUGUUAAUAGGAUUUCAUGACUAGUAAAUUAUGUCAAUGUUUGAACUUAAACAAAAAAAAUGUGUACGGUAAGCAAGGUUAUGGUUGCGAAUUUUCGAACUAUUAGUUUAUGGAGAUGUAUGUAUGUUUACAAUCGUGAAAUUCAGGAAAACAAAAAAAUAUCUUCAGUCCACACUUUUGUACUAUCUUAAGAGUAGAAAACCUUGUAAGCCAAUAGCAGCUAUACCGUAACUUUGUUAUUUCACAUUAGGGAUAAGAGACCGAUAAAUACAAAGCAUUACUAUCUUUCUAAUAUUGUUAAAUACAAAAACACCUUUGUGUUCUAGGAUUAUGAUUUAGAAGAUUUACAACCAGCAGCUACUUCGUGUGACGAUGAUGCGCGAGAUAGCACAAAUGAGUCUGACGAGGAGCCUCAAAGAGAAAAUCCAAAUCAUGACUUCCUCUCUUCAACCGACGAAGAUGGGGAUGAAGAAGUCUGGGACGAUGUGCUACCGGAAGAGUUGCAGAAAGAUUUGCCUGUGUUGGACCACCCUCAACCACUUCCACGUCCAGAAAUUCGAUCAAAAGGUGUUGCUCACUCGCUAGUUUUCUGGUUGGUAUACUUUUUGUUGGUGUGGCAGUUAUCUGUGCACAUCAGCGACAAUGGAAUGGCAUGGUUACUGAAAUUUUUAUUCGGAUGGCUUAAAUUGUUGGGAUUAGAAAUAACAAACGAUGUAUAUUCUCAAGUAAUAUUAGCUUUUCCUGUAUCAACGUAUAUGCUCAGAGAAUUUUUGAACUUCGAUAGAGAUAAUUUUGACAAGUAUGUUGUUUGUCAAAAGUGUCACAAGCUGUAUCAGUAUAACAAAUGCGUAACGAAAGUACGCAACCAUGAGGUUGGCAAAACCUGCGUGAAUACCUGGCUAAAGAAAGGAAGACAAGUCAUGUGUGGAGCUUCUCUGGUUUACAGAGUGCAGCUAGCGAAUGAAAAAUAUUGUUUUUACCCAAUCAAAUACUAUUGCUAUAAUAGCGUUAUUAACUCUUUGGAAAAGUUAGUUCAGAAAACAGGAUUUGCAGAUAAAUGUGAAGAGUGGUGA